AUGACCGCAGCCGCCGUACCUAAUGCUGCUCUCGUGCACACAUGUAUCAGGGUUGAAUUUACCCCACUUCUUGUUACCUUGGGCAUUGCUCUCAGUCCAUCCCAGGGGCACCUGCUGGUCAUGAUCCCACAACUGGCCCUCCAGACAGUGGUCAUUCUCUGUACUCCCAUCAUGGCCUUGGUUUCAGAUUCCUCGGACUACGUGGUCUGUCCCUGGUCAGCCCUGCUGUCUGCAGCCGGAAGUCUCUCCUUCCAGGACCACAUUUCUCACAUAGAGGCUGCUCCUUUCAAGGCCCCUGAACUGCUGCAGGGGCAGAGUGAUGGUGAGCAGCCUGAUGCAUCUCAGCCCCUGCAGCUCCGUGAGCCCUUGCACUCCAUUCUGCUGACCAUGUGCGAAGACCAGCCCUGCCGGCGGCUGCCCUUGCAGUCAGUUCUGGAAGCUUGUCGGGUUCAUCGGGAAGAAGUGGCUGUAUACCCAACCUCUGCCAAUCUCCACGUCAGAAGGCUGGCUGGCCUGGUUCUGGGCACCAUCUCCGAGGUGGAGAGGAGAAUUGUGGAGGAAAGCUCCUCGGUGCAGCAGGACAGAAGCUGCCUGCUCAGGAACAGGCUGCAUCAGGCGAGUUGCGAGAACGCAGCGGUGUGGGCCCUGGAGCGCCUGCACCCCUGCAGAGUUUCAGAGCGAAGCACGGAGACCCAGAGCUCCCUGGAGCCCGGCCAGAGCACCUCAGCACACAGUCACCGUAGCCUCUCUGUUAGCAGUGCUCUUCCAACUGAAGGUUCCCCACAUCUUCAGGAGGGACAGCAGCUCAGCUCCAGCACCACUCUGUCUGUGGCAGCAGAAAUCUCACACCCAGCAACUCCUUCCCGAAGAGGUUUUCCUCAAAGAAAAGGAAAGGUGAGCAAAAGAAGACCGAAGGACGUCCUCCAAAGUGCUUUGAGUAGGGACCUGUGUGUGGAUGACACCGUAGUUGAAAAUGGGCAGGGUCCUCUGGGGUUCUCUAGGCCGGAGUUCAUCUUGCUGGCUGCAGAGGCCCCAGUGACUGUGCAUCUGCCCGGAUCAAUUGUGACCAAAAAAGGGAAAUCCUAUUUGGCUCUCAGGGCCCUCUGCGUCGUGCUGUUGAGUGGGCAGUGUCUGGAGGUGAAAUGUGACAUUAUGUCAACAGCAGGAGCUGUCUUCAGUGCUGUCACUUCUUUUGUCAACCUUGGGGAGCUCACUUACUUUGGCUUGGCUUACAUGAAAGACAAAGAGUUCUUUUUCUUGGACAAUGAAACCAGGCUGUGCAAAAUAGCCCCUGAAGGCUGGAGUGAACAGCCCCAGAAGACCUCCUCAAAUACCUUCACACUCUUUCUGAGGAUAAAGUUCUUUGUCAGUUGCUGUGCACAGCUCCAGAACAGCCAGACAAGGCACCAAUUUUAUCUGCAGCUUCGGAAAGACAUCCUGGAGGAGAAGCUGUACUGCAAUGACGAGACACUACUGCAGCUGGCAGUCCUUGCCUUGCAGGCUGAGUGUGGCAACUACCCCGAGGAGGUAGAGACUAAAGCCUAUUUUCGGGUUGAAGAUUACAUCCCAGCGAGUCUAAUUGAGAGGCUGACUGCUUUCCGGGUGCAAGUUGAAGUCUCAGAGAUGCACCGUCUCAGUCCUGUGCUCUGGGGAGAGGAUGCAGAGCUGGAGUUCCUGAGGAAUUUGGUGGGCCUGAUGCAGUCCCCAUCUCUGAUUGACCCUCAGGACUCUGACCAAAUUCAGUCUCCUGACCUGGUCACUCAGCAGCUCCCGGAAUAUGGUGUGCUGGUUCACCGAGUUCUCCCAGAGAAGACAAGACGAGAAGGGGACAUGGCCUUGGGGAUCUGUGCCAAGGGCGUCAUAGUAUAUGAAGUGAAAAACAACAGCAGAAUUGCAACUUUACGGUUUCAGUGGAGAGAAAUUGGCAAGAUUUCUACUUGUCGAAAGAAGUUCACCAUCACAAGCGGCGUCACUGGGAAAAAGCACACGUUUGUCACUGAUUCAGCCAAGACCUGUAAAUAUUUACUGGGACUCUGCUCUGCCCAGCAUGGGUUUAACGCCCAGAUGAGCUUCCUGCCAGCUGCAGCUGUUCCAGACGAUGAUAAGUGUGUGCAAAUGGCCAACAUGAGUCUUGCACACCUGGCCCCGUCUCAGCCUCUCACCUGGAUUCAGCGGCUGUCGGGCUCAGAAAACGCACUGUUCGCACCUGCACCCGGGCUGGGAGCCGCUGCAGGGGGCCUGCGGCGCAUGUCUCUGGAUAACUUCACCGUGGAAACCAGCAAGGAGACUGCGGCACGGGGAAUCCGAGGCAGCCCCUGUACUGGUCGGGAGCAGCUGGAGACCAUCUGUUUGAUCCAGAAGUCGACGACUUAUGACCCUCUCUCCGGGCCGCCUGUUCCGAGCGUGCACAGGGAGCCACAGAGUAACAGGAGAAAGAACUUUAUACCUGAGCCGGAACGAGAAAUUGUGCAUGUGACACUGCGCCGGGAGCCACGUCGUGGUUUUGGUUUUGUCAUUAACGAGGGAGAAGAUGUUGGCAGAGUUGCCCCUGGCAUCUUCAUAUCUUCUAUUAUACCUGGAGGACCAGCUGAAAAAGCUAAAAAGAUCAAACCGGGAGGGCAGAUUCUAGCCUUGAAUCACAUCAGUCUGGAGGGCUUCACGUUCGACAUGGCUGUUAGAAUGAUUCAGAACUCUCCUGACAACAUAGAAUUAACCAUUGCUCAAUCAAAAGGUAUUUGUGGAAAUACCCCAAGUGAGGAGAAGAAUAGUCCAGCCAAUUCUGGGGUCUUCUCUACAGACAGCCCGAGCAACGGGCACCAAGAAAGUUUCGCAUCACAUGCACAGAAACGGGAGAAGAAUACUGAAGAGCUAGAAAUGGCUCAGACUCAGAGCUUACUGCCAUUAAUGGGGCAGGCUGCUGGUUCUUCUUGUCCUCCAUCAGCUUCAGAAAUCAAUGCCAGCGAGAUCUACUUUGUGGAACUGGUUAAAGAAGAUGGGACACUUGGAUUCAGUGUGACUGGUGGCAUCAACACAAGCGUGCCCUAUGGGGGUAUCUACGUGAAAUCCAUCGUUCCUGGAGGGCCAGCUGCCAAGGAAGGGCAGAUCCUGAGGGAUCUUUCUGACCUGCUCUGA